CUGACUGACUCCACCUCCUCCCGCAUAACGCCCUGUGUUAUCACCCAUAUCGAUACCUAGACCCCAUCGUUGAUCGUCUACGUGCCCUCUACUGCGCGCCAUUGCUGCAAACAGCGAACUAACUUUAUAUGUGGUCGAAGCCACUGCCCAACCACCACUCUCUCCAUCUCUGUGCAUCCUGUUUCUGCGGAGCCCCGCCCUCUGACCAUGGAGCAUCACAAAGAAAAGAAAAGAAGAGAAGAGAGAAAAAAAAAUCAUCAUCUGUCCUCCAAGCCCGCAGCGCCAACUACGCCUCCAAGCCGGAGCCCCGUCCUCUCGUCCACUCGCCGUGGCAAUUUGCUCAAACGGGCCGUGUUGAGCUACGCUUCCGCCAGCUUGCUGCUUCUGCAUCCUCAUUUGUCUAUUUCCGGUCACGUCUCACCAUACUGGCAAGUUCCCAUCUCCUCGCCAUCUUCGCCGUAACGCUGCGUCCGAGCUCCCAGCUCGCAUCUUGCAUCGUGCAUCGUGCAUCUGCCUGCAGCCAGCAUCCCAUCUUCAGCCUCACGAACCACAGCCUUGCCCACCCCGCGACCAGCAUCAUCCAUCCAACCCACGCCCACCAUCCCGAACAUGGCAUUCACUUGUCAAGCCCGACCGACUUUUCCAUUCUGCUUCGUCCUGCUAUAUCCUCACCACUUACCCAACACAUGUCACGCACACGACGCACACACCAGCACCCACGACAGAACCUUACGCUUGGUUGGGAAAGAACCAUCCUUUCCCACCACCACUCUCUUGUUCGCAAUUCGCAAGCCCAUUACGUGUACCCUUUUUUUUCCUUUGUUUGGUCUUGCCGAAUCAGCCUCGGUUUUCCCGCCGGUCAACACCUCCCAAGCAACAACGAACGUCGUAAGGGCAACUCAUCGACUUUUUGUUUCUUGGGUUCAACUUGCUCGCCCUAUACCCUUUUUUCCACCCCUUUGACCCUUGUUCCCAUUUCCCGCCGUCGUAGUGCCGCUGAGGAGGCUGAGCAAGUACUUGUUCGCCCUCUUCUCUUCCUUUGUGUCCUUCCUGCUUCCUUAUAUGUGUUCAAUGACUUGAUGCUAUAUACGUGA